GAGAAUGAACCAAAAGAGAGUAAAGUUUAAUAUCAUGAUCAGUAGGAAGAUGCUAUUUGCUUGUUAAACAACAAGGAGUAAAAAAGAGAAGAUCAAAAGAUAAAAGUGAAAAGAGAAAACAAAAAGAAGCGAAAAAACAAAUCAACAGAAAGUUCCAAGCGAGUUGAGAAGCGUAUUGAAAUUUAAUGAAUCAACAAUAAUUAGCUGUUGAAAGGUAAACCCAAAUCAUCAUUUGCUCUUCAUCAAUCAUCAAAACUCGUAAAUGCUGUAAAGUAUAAUCAACAUUAAUAGAAACAAAUUUAUCUCCUUUCCACUCUUGUUAUCCUUUGCAAGUUACCACAAACUGUUCAUUAACACUUUACAACCAAUUUAACCCAAAAGUGAAACAAUCAAGAUUAUUGGUUUACUCAAAUGGACAUUAAGUGAUUCGUUUAACCCAACAUUUGUCUUGGAUUAUCUUGAUUUUUGCCGUUAAUCCACUUGCGAUUCCAUCUCACUUUGGCCAACAUUCUCUGUGUGUUUAUUUCCUUUUUUUCACCCAUUUUUUCACUCCACAAAAUCAGAUUAUUACUGAAUCUUUUCCUUUUUUUCCCUUUACACAGUUAAUAGCUCAGCCAGUUGCACCAUUAACCAUGUUUACAGUGAAAUUAGAUUAAAACUGAUUCCAACUGUUGAACCUGGUUUUUCUGGUUUGUCACCAAUCAGUGUACACCAAAGAUCAUCGACUUGUAUUUCAAUCCAAAGUUGACUGAGAUCCAUUAUAAAUGUGUAAAAAGUUUUGAUUGCUCAUUGGGUGAGGAACGAGAAAACAUUUGAUAAACCAAUUCAAAUGUUAAUCCAUAAUUUGCUUGUUUUACUGUUAACUGUGCCAAUUGUUUUACCCGUUUCAUGUGAAGAUUCAUUACAAUAUUAUGAGUAUACCAAACCUUUGACCAUUGGUAACUACACUUGUUAUGAUUAUGUUUACAACAAUCGCCAGCGUCGAUCCUUUCCUCUUAAUAAUGUAACCCAAAAUGGUUUACCGUCUAGCUUAACCUCAACCAUUCAAAUGGGUGUUGCUUACCGUAAUUCACCUUAUCGAUCACAGAAUAAACAAGAGAUGAUUAAGUUUCACGGAGACAUCAAUAUUGGUGGAUUGUUUCCAAUGCAUGAUGCUGGUGAUGAACAGCAUCUUUGUGGUUCCAUCAAGGAGGGUAAAGGUAUUCAAAGGAUGGAGGCAAUGUUGUACGCUGUUGACAUGAUAAACAAUGAUACAAAUCUUUUACCCAACUUAACUUUAGGAGUUCACAUUUUAGACACUUGUUCACGAGAUACUUAUGCCUUAGAACAAACAAUGGAAUUCGUCAAGUCUUCGUUGACCACAGUUGACCACACUUUGGAUGACUAUCAAUGUGAUGAUGGUUCCUCUCCUCAUCUAUUGGCUUCAGACCCUGUUGUUGGUGUUAUUGGAGCAGCAUCCAGCUCAGUGUCUGUAAUGGUGGCCAAUAUUUUACGUCUUUUCCAGAUUCCACAAAUUAGUUAUGCCUCAACUAGCAUUGAAUUAAGUGAUAAAAGUAGAUUUGGAUUCUUUUCUCGAGUUGUUCCACCCGAUAGUUUUCAGGCUCAGGUUAUGGUUGAUAUUGUUAAACUGUUCAACUGGACUUAUGUGUCUACCAUUGCUGAGGAAGGUGAAUAUGGUGAGAGAGGAAUUGAAUAUUUUAAAACGCUUGCUGCUCGGGAAAGGAUUUGCAUUGCCGAAGGUGUCAAGAUAACCAGAAAUGCUAAACCAGAAGAUUUCAUUCGAAUAAUUAAUAAACUCUAUUCAAAAUCAAAUGCUCGUGGUGUGGUGCUUUUCGUGGAUGAAGACAAUUGUCGUAAACUAUUGAAUGCUUCCCAAGUAACUGGUAAAGUUGGACACUUUGCAUGGCUUGGUAGUGACUCUUGGGGUCGAAAAUUGUAUCCAGUUAGAGGUCAAGAAGACAGUGCAGUUGGAGCAAUUACAAUAUUACCAAAGCGAAACUCACUGCCAGGUUUUGAUGAAUAUUUUAAAAGUUUAAAACCAUUGACAAACAAACGCAAUCCUUGGUUUAAACCAUUCUGGGAACAACAUUUCAACUGUUAUUUUCCAGAGACUGUCAACUCUCCUGAGGCUGUUGUUAAUUUAAAACCUUUGGACCGGAAGAAAUGUACAGGCAAUGAAGUCUUAGUCAAGUAUGAACAAGAAGGUUUGGUUCCGUUCGUUGUCGAUGCCGUCUAUGCCAUGGCUCAUGCUAUACAUAAUCUAUUAUCUGAUCGAUGCCGUCCAAAAGUACCGAAGCCAGUUGACUCUUCAAACGAAACGAGACUUGAAAGUGUAUUCUUUUCACCUAAAAGUCUCUGUGUUCGAGCACCCAUCAAAGGCCAAGAACUUUUAUCUUACAUUCGUAAAGUUUCCUUUUCAAGUUUACAGGGAAUGACUGUCAAGUUCAAUAAAGACGGCGAUGCUCCUGGUCGUUAUGACAUCUUUCAAUAUCAAAGAGUCAAAGAAUCUUUAGAUUAUUCAAAUUCAUCCGAUUCUCAAUCUCCAUCUGAAUAUGAUUACAUCAAGAUUGGUAACUGGGAAAGUGAAAGAUUAGUGUUUAAUUUAAGUCAACUAGAGUGGCCUAAUUUUGGUGUUGCUCAUUCGAAUGAAAGUGGCUUCAGUUCUAUUCCUAGUUCCGUUUGUAGCAAAGAGUGUGAACGAGGUCAAUUUCGUCAGAUACAUGAAGGGCAACCGUGUUGUUGGCAUUGCUCUUAUUGUCAGGAGAAUGAGCGAAUCUACAAUUUAACUGAUUGUGUGGCUUGUUCACCCGGCUAUGUUCCUGAUGAGUACAGAGAGACUUGCACCAAGUUACCUGUUGAGUUUAUGAGAUGGGACUCUCCGUGGACUAUUGUGCCCGCCGUCUUUGCCUCACUCGGCAUUGUGGCCACAGUGUUUACCUGCAUGACCUUUAUCAGGUUCAACGAGACACCCAUCAUCAUGGCUUCUGGUCGUGAAUUGUGUUACAUUUUGCUUCUCGGCUUGAUGGUUUGUUAUAUUGUCAGUCUUCUUAUCCUUUCAAAGCCAACUCUUUUAACCUGUACAGUGGUUCGUAUCGGCCUUUGUCUGGGUCUUUGUAUCAGCUACUCUGCCAUACUCACCAAAACCAAUCGCAUUUCCCGCAUCUUUAAUCGGGGAGUUAAAAGUGGCCUGAAACGUCCUUCCUAUACUAGUCCAAAGUCUCAGGUUGUCAUUUGUUCCUGUUUAGUUUCCGUUCAAUUGGUCAUCGUUGUUGGUUGGCUCAUUCGUGAUCCUCCUUCCGUUGCCGAGGUUCCACAGAAGCUGGGAACAAGAAAGGUUGUCGUUCUGCAAUGUGGCAUCUCAGCCACGGCAACGGCCAUUUCACUCAUUUAUAACAUGAUUCUUAUAGUUUUUUGUACAAUGUAUGCUUUUAAAACUCGAAAAAUACCCGACAAUUUUAAUGAAGCAAAGUACAUUGUCUUUACCAUGUACAGUACUUGUAUAGUUUGGCUGGCUUUUAUACCAAUCUACUUCGGUACCAAUAAUGAUUUCAAGAUCCAACUUGCCAGUCUAUCGACAUGCAUAUCAAUCAGUGCUGCUGUUAACAUUGGAUGCCUUUUUACACCUAAAUUGUACAUUUGUUUAUUUCAACCUUAUAAAAAUACUAGACAUUCGGGUACACAGGGUUCCGGAGGUGUUGGUACCUUUACUACAAACUCAACAAGCAAUGCCCUUCGGUUUGCUCGACCAACUAGUUCUGGUGGAUGUGCUGCUGCCAUAGCAGCUGCUACUCAAGCCAUUUCAGCUCAUCAAUCAGCACCAACAAUAGUGUUGCCUGAACCCUCUUCGGGUGACUUGAAGACAACGUCAACAACAAACGGAGACUGGAACUCGCCAAGUCCUGAAGAGGAACAAAAUAGUGCCAUUUAACUGUUGACCUUUUUUUACCGUUACAAUAAGUCUUUCAGUUAUCAUCGUCAUUUAAUGAUAGCAAUACAAUUAUUGUAGUCCAAACAAUUAAACAUUUUUCAGUCA